CAGAAGAAGUCCGAGAUCGAAAAUAAAGUCUGUUGUAACCGAAUCGCUUUGGAAGGAAAUGAAAAUAAUAAAUAAACACUGCUAAACGGAGUAAACCAAUUAACAAGUAUAGUUUAUAAGAUUACAUAAGAACAUAAAGUUGAAAGUUGUAACGAUGACUGCAGAGGUUAAUAAUGAAUAUCCAAAGGCUUCUUAUACAAUACUAAUUGGAGCAACUAUAACAUAUAUAGCAGGACUGUUCUUGCUAUUGUCCUUUGCUGGCCCAUAUUGGAUAGAAUCAUAUCCUGAUAUGUUCUCUUCAUUUAAGCAUAUGGGUCUCUGGGAAUAUUGCUUUGAUCGAUUCAGAUUCCCUUCCUACCAGUAUGACAAAUACUUUGAUGGAUGCCAUUAUAUUUUUAGUCAAGAGCUGUAUGUUAUCCGUGAAUGGCUUCUACCAGGUUGGCUUAUGGCAGUGCAAACGUUCGUGACUCUUGGACUAAUUCUCUCAUUUACUGCCCAAGCACUGCUAGCCUGUGUGAUAGUGCGAAUGCCAUUGCGCACUGUUCUACGAUAUGAAUGGAUAUUUGUUGCAAUUGCGUACAUAAUGGUGGUAUUAUCAAGUGUAUUCCUGUUCUUCGCUGUGGCUACAUUCGGUGUGAACUGCUAUCGCCGCGAUUGGCUGUUAUAUCCUGCCUUUAAUGUCUUAUCUUGGUCAUAUGCAUUUGCUGUUAUUGCCUCCAUAUUAUUUGGUAUGGCUGCAGCACCGUUGUUCCUUGAGGCGCGUAAGUUGUACGAGUUACGUUUGGAGGCAAAGAACCUUGUCGCUCAGAUGCAACACAGCCAACCCGAGCACGCUUUGCACCAGUUGCGUGACCAGUUGCAUCAACAACAGCAGAUUGGUUACUUCAGGAAUUAAGUUUUUCUGACGCACAUGACGACGUGAAGGCCACAUCGCAGCGUACAUACUACGUUCUAAGCGGCGUUCACGUUUGCGUGAUGUGUGCGGCCAAUCACAAGACUUGCUCAAGCCCUCGCGACUUGUGACUGGUCGCUAGCAGGACGCAAACAAGAAUGAAAAACGACGACGCGGUUUGGACGCUCCGGUUUGGUUUUGCUUUAAACGAUUCUGCUGUUCUUUACUACUAAUUGAUAAUAGUCAUAGACGAAAAUGUCACUCUUUAGAACUUUUAUCCACAUUAGCAAAUGUUGCUUAACAUAUGCUUUUGUGAUGAUAACAUAUGUAUUGAUGUUUUUUCAACUCUUGACGUUUAUGGUCACUUUAAGACAUUAGCGUUUCGUCUCCGGGCCACUGGAAUCAAGAACCUAGUAAGAGACGUUAUUAGUAAAAACUGGGCACUUUUGAAUUGUUGAAAUAAGGCCUACUGCCAGUUUACUCACCACCAAUAUGCAUUUAGGGUAGACCCUUUAAUAAAGGUUUUUAACUAUCAAUCCAUUUCAAACAAAUAAAUAUGAAACCCACUUUAACCCAUCUUAUACUAUAAUUACUAUACUACUAUAGUAUAUAAAAUAGAAAUUAUAAGUAAGAAAUAUAUUUCAUGCAAACAAAUAUUUUGGUAUGCCACUAAAGUUAUUUUAUCUAUAUUAUUUUAGAUCUGUAAAUUACUAACAAUGAUAUUCAGACAGUUUUUUUACAUAUUGAUUUAAUUCAAUGUUCUAUUUGUUGCUUUAGAUAAAAACUUUUUAUUCAAUACAAAUUGAAUGGUUUACGUGUCGUUUGACGUUCAAGUUAACAAACUUAACUUUGGAGCAAAGUAAAAAUGACAAUUUUGCAUGAAAUGUUCUGUAAUAAAAUGACAGAUUUACGCCAACGUAUAGUUGUGACUUAAGUUUUUAUGAAAACUUACACUAAGGGCUAGCUAAUGCUAGCAGUAAAAGAAGGAAAACGGGAAAGUUUUAUUUAUCAUUUUGUAAACCGGCAGGGUCGACUUUGCCUUUACCUUUCCUUAGGAAAGGUCCCGUAGUUUUUUCCAACACUUGAUAAUACCAUGAUAGUAUUAAAGUAGAAAAAAGGCUUAUAAUGAUAGUAACCCAGUGCAAAAACAUCACAACAUCUGUAAGAAGCAAUAAAAAGACGAUUGUGUUAUUUUUUAUCUUUUGUAUUAAUUUAGAUGUAUUUAAGGAAAAUUGUCACUAUUAUUGAAGUCUUAAAAAUGAAUUUAGAAAUAACAUAAAAUAUAAAUUUAUGAAUCUCAUUUUGAAAUUUUGCCGUCCAAAAAAACAUUUUCAACUAAAAGUUGAAUUAUUUUACCGUCUAUAAUUUUUUAUGUAUCUAUUCUAUUGAAUAAUUAUAUUUGUUUAUUUUAAGUACUGCCUUGAAAUCACAAUGAAUGUAAUAUUAAAGAAAGGCCUUAAGAUAUUAUGUAUAUAGAGCUUGAGCGUGUCCAUCGGCAUUCAAAUAAUGUGUAUUUCAUUGCUAAGCAUUUAAAGUGUAAUUUUGUUUCAGCCGUUUUAUGAAAACAAUUUGUAAAAAUGGGAUGCACUAGGUUAAGUCGCACAUGCAGUAUCGACUUCAUACUUUACGUGAGCACGCUUUUUCGGAGUUGCCUUGCUUAACAACUCCUCCUUUGUAUUUUCCUUAGUCAUCGCAAUGCAUUAAACAAUGAGUGCAACAUUGAGUGCCAUCCAUGUGAUUUUUAGUUAUUUUUGCGCACAACUGAUUUAGUAAGUACUUUGAUAUAAAAAAAAAAAAGCUAACGUUGUCACGUCUUUUAACAUGAAACCUAUCCAAGAGCACAUAGCUCGGUUGACACAUUGAAGAUUUACUUUUAUAGGGAUAAACUUAAAUUAUAAAUCCGAAAGUUUGUCUGAUUGUUUGUUUUUUUGUUUCAUAUGUGCGGCUCAAUCCUUGCAAAGUUCUGGAUAUAAUUUAUCACCAUUAAAAUUCAUUAUUAGUGUAACGAUAGUGGUUGUUUGAUCAUGAAGAUGAUAAUAGUAUACACAUUAUUCCGGAAAACCAACAUUUUCCGCGGGAUUUCUCAAAACUGUAAACGCCGAUGUAGUCGCGCGCGAUACCUAAUUAAAAAUAUUAUUGGUACGUACGUUACUGAUAAUAACAUACAAAUUUUGACGCAAACAAUUCACGAAAUGGUUUCUAUAUUUGGGAUUUAAAUUUUUAAUUUAAUUUAUUUUUCAAUUGAUUGCUGUUAAUUUCACAGCAACACUUAUUGCAGAACAAAGUUAUGAAAUAUUUUUUUAAUUCUUUUGCUUGGUGCCCUUUCCAAGCUACUUGUCACUGGCAAAGUACAUUGCUGUUGGCACUACGAAGAGCCAUGAAUCCAAAGAAGAGAAGAUAUCUUUAAAUUAUAAACCAAGCCAAUUUUGUAUUUAUUCAAAUAAAGUACGAAGAUUAUCAUGUUAACAAACCUAACUUUGGAGUAACGCAAAUAUAUCAAAUUUCUACGGAGUUGUCAAACAUGUGUCGCUUGGUCCUGCAUUUGUAUUAUAGACUAGCUUUUGCCCGCGUUUAUCAUCCGCGUUUUUUUACGGUUUUUUUACAAAUCCCUUAGGAAUCGUUUGAUUUCCUGGAAUUUAAGUAACCUGUUACUCUCCGUCCUUUAAACUAACUCUAUGCCAAAAAUUAAUUUCAUUACUUGCUUA